AUGACUAGGCAGCAAGGGGCUGAAAAGCAAGACAACUACAAUUUUGAACUGACACAGGCUUCAAGUGGGCGUGAUAGACACGUCCCAGGGGGCAAUUCUACUGAAACAGUGAUUGUGCAGUUAUUGCCUUUCGAGUCAAAAUAUUUGCCUGAUAAUUGGCCUCUAUUGAUGGAUUGGAUUCUUAAAUAUCCACAACACAUCGAGCAUUCCAUAUGUCGGUACCCGCAUCCCAUUUUGCCUCCAGUGAAACCUCGGGUGCUCGUAGGCAUCGAGGCUGGAUAA